UCAAGACAUCGAAACGGCGGUAACGCGAGACGGCCAUCAUAGACACAUCUCACACGUCGACAACAUCCUGCGCCACUUUUUCGCUCGCAUACGAGGCAUCCUUCGCCCCUCACCGCGCACCAUGGCGUCCUCGCGCUCUCCACUCUCACAGCACGCGCCAUCACCCACGUCACCACCCGACCUCGCAUCAAUAGCUAAGCACCUCUCUCUACCCACAACGAAGAAAGUCGUCGUCCUCUGUGGAGCAGGUAUCAGCACCACAGCUCAGCGCAUCAGCUCCUCAGGCCAAAUUCUAAACGAAGGCAUCCCGGACUUUCGCUCCCCCUCCACGGGUCUCUACGCCAACCUCUCCAAGUACAACCUUCCUUAUCCCGAAGCAAUCUUCGAGAUCGGCUUCUUCCAAUCCAACCCACAGCCCUUCUUCACCCUCGCACAGUCCCUCUACCCAGGCCAAUUCUUACCUUCAAAAACGCACUACUUCCUCUCACUCCUGGCGAAAAAGGGCAAGUUGCUGCGGUGCUUUACACAGAACAUUGAUACGCUCGAGAGGAGGGCCGGUCUCAAGGACGAGGACAUCGUAGAAGCCCAUGGCAGCUUCGCCACUGCUUCAUGUACCCGCUGCGGAGUCAAAGUAGACCCGGACUGGAUGAGAGAAAAGUGCAUGAAGGGGGAGGUGGCUAGGUGCACCAGUCCAAAGUGCUCUGGAGGUGCCAAGGGAAAGGAUGGUAAGCAUCAAGGAGCUCUAGUGAAGAAUGACAUCGUCUUCUUCGGUGAGGGGCUUCCGACUCGCUUUUUUGAGAGAUUGGGAGACCUGCGACAGGCGGAUCUGUUGAUCGUCUUGGGCACCUCACUGCAGGUACAACCCUUCGCUUCCUUGAUCGACCGUGUACCCGCCAGCUGCCCGCGGGUCCUACUCAACCUGGAACGGGUGGGCGACAUUGGGGGCGAGGAGGAUGGAGAUGGGGCGAGCUGGAUGAGUAGCAGGUUCAGAGAGAGCGGCUUCGACUUUGACGGACUGGCAUUGCCCCGUGGCGCAAAGAAGAGUGAGAUCAGGGACGUCUUUUGGAAGGGGAAGACGGACGAGGGCGUCGAGUCGCUAGCGAAGGAGAUGGGUUGGGAGGCCGAGUUGAAGGAGCUGAUAGAAGAGGGCACGAAGAAGGCCGUAGAGGAGGCAAAGGCAGCAAGUGCGGGAGCUGGCGUCGCAAAAGCAACUCCGUCAGACGAGGUCGGUACGGAGAAGGAGGCCAGAGCCGUGGCAGCCAAGGUGGUAGAAGGUGGGGAGCAUGUGGCGGACAAAGAACAAGGCGACAGGAAGGAAGCAUCGGCCUCUCUCGGUGACGAGAAUGCAAUGGCCGAGGCAAAGGGCCGCGCUGACGAGAGCAAGAACGAAGCGGAUGACCUUGCCGGUGAGGUGGCGAGAAAGCUGGAUGUCAAAGGUGACAAGAGCGUCGACGGCAGCGGCGAGGAUGGUAAGAAGUCGUCUUUGUAACGUACGAGCGUCGGAUAGACUGCAGGCCUGUACUGUAGAAGCUGGAAUACCAUUGACGUGCGAGGCCCAAACUGAGUAGUAGAGCAGAAGAUACGAGCGCGAGAAAAAGCAGACAAGCGUACACAACAAAGUCGUAGAGGCAGAAUCGAGAAGCCACGUCGCAACCGCAUCGCUCCCUCACGCCACCAUCCUCCUAAUC